GGAAAAACCGUCAAAUAUCCAAGAGACCGUGCACUUCGUCCAGGAGGUCCAACAUUUAUUGGAUCUGUUGCAAAUCAAACCGCAGCUAUUGGGAAAGAAGCUAUUUUUUCAUGCAGCGUUAGUAAUAUCGGCAAAUUUAAGGUUGGCUGGUUGAGAGCUUCAGAUAAAAUGAUAAUCUCAUUCAAUACGAAAACUGUAAUCCAAAAUGAUCGUAUUGCUGUGAAAUACGAGCCUCUCGUAGAUAGUCAAGAAAGUAAUGAAUUAUUAAGUCAUAAAAACAGUAGCAAUUUAUUACAAGCUACGAAUACUAUUAACGGUACAUGGCGGUUAUUAAUUCGUCAUCUGAAAGAAACGGAUAGAGGUUGUUAUAUGUGUCAAAUCAAUACAAGCCCUAUGAAGUCCCAACUUGGCUGUUUGGAUAUACUUGUGUCACCAGAUAUUUUAAAUAAUGAGACGAGUACUGAUAUAUCGGUUGUCGAAGGUGGAAAUGCAACAUUGACCUGUAAAGCAAUCGGAAGACCUACACCUAGAAUAUUAUGGAAACGUGAAGAUGGUCAACCCAUUUUACUCAAAAAUCUUUUGUACAAUAGUAUCCAUUUCUUUCCGUUGAAUGUAUAUAAUGGAUCUACCUUAAAUCUACACCGAGUAGAUCGAAAACAAAUGGGAACCUAUUUAUGUAUCGCUAGUAAUGAUGUCCAUCCUGCUGUUAGCAAAAGAAUAACAGUAUCAAUAAAUUUUAUACCUUCAGUGACAGCGGUAAACCAACUUUUGGGAGCUCCUGUCGGAACCGACGUAGUUUUAGAGUGCUAUGUCGAAGCUCAUCCUAAUCCUGUCAACUAUUGGCUUAAAAAUCCUGAUGAAAUGCUACUUGAAGGACCAAAGUAUUUGAUUCAAGAAAAGCGAACUGGAUAUCGAGUUGCUAUGCAUCUCACCAUACAAAAUUUUGAUGAAAAUGAUGUUGGAAGUUACAGCUGUAUUUCUAGUAACAGCUUGGGAAAAGUGGAAGGCGUAUCUCGAUUAUAUCGAAUUGGAGAUUUCAACGGUUUGAUACCAGAAUCGCGACAUAUAUCUAUAUUGGCAGGUUUUGCAGAAGCAGCUCGUGGUUCAAGUAUAAAAAGCAAUAAAAAGAUCAUUCUUCUAUUCCAAUACUCAGGAUGUAGUGUGAAUAUAUUGUUAAUAUUUGUAUUAAUAUUUAUAUAAUAAUAUAAUUAUAAGCUUCUAAUCAUACUACUCUUUUAUAAGAUAAGAAAAACAAACGUAUAUGAAGUUUACAAAUAAAUUUUGUAUAAUGAACAAUGUUUAAUAAUGUAUAAAAAUUGUAUAAUGGUUUCAUUCUUUCGAAUUAUCAUAGCAAUAGCACAACUUAUGUACGCCUGAAG